AUGUCAGCCAAUCUGUACAGAUCGCCAUCGCAGGCCGCUGUUUACAAGUCACCAUCGAUGAGCGCCUUUGGCGCACCUUUUGGCAGCAUGUCUGUCGCCGAUCUUGGCUCCCUUACUCGUCUUGAGGACAAGAUCAGGCUUCUCCAAGAAGACCUUGAAUCCGAGCGUGAGCUUAGAAAUCGAAUUUUUCAUUCCAUGAAGCAGCUUGCACACUAA